GCCAUCUUGGCGGGUUCCUCGGGAGCGCCCGGCCGGCUUUUCGCGUCGCCGCCGCCGCCGCCGCCCGCCGUGGCCUUGCGGGGCAAGAUGAAUGUGAUCGACCACGUGCGGGACAUGGCGGCCGCGGGGCUGCACUCCAACGUGCGGCUCCUCAGCAGCUUGCUGCUCACCAUGAGUAAUAACAACCCUGAAUUAUUCUCCCCAUCUCAAAAAUACCAGCUUUUGGUGUAUCAUGCAGAUUCUCUCUUUCAUGAUAAGGAGUAUCGGAAUGCUGUGAGUAAGUAUACCAUGGCUUUACAGCAGAAGAAAGCUCUCAGUAAAACUUCUAAAGUGAGACCUUCAACUGGAAAUUCUGCAUCUACUCCACAAAGUCAGUGUCUUCCAUCCGAAAUUGAAGUGAAAUACAAAAUGGCAGAAUGUUACACAAUGCUAAAACAAGAUAAAGAUGCCAUUGCUAUACUUGAUGGAAUUCCUUCAAGACAAAGAACUCCCAAAAUUAACAUGAUGCUAGCACACUUGUACAAGAAAGCUGGACAAGAGCGCCCUUCAGUCACCAGCUAUAAGGAAGUGCUGAGGCAGUGCCCGUUAGCCCUGGAUGCCAUUCUUGGACUGCUCUCCCUGUCUGUGAAAGGUGCUGAGGUAGCAUCAAUGACGAUGAAUGUGAUCCAGACUGUGCCUAACCUGGAUUGGCUUUCUGUGUGGAUCAAAGCAUAUGCUUUUGUGCACACUGGUGAUAAUUCAAGAGCAAUCAAUACUAUCUGUUCACUAGAGAAAAAGUCCUUAUUGCGAGAUAAUGUGGACCUCCUGGGAAGCUUAGCAGAUCUGUACUUCAGAGCAGGAGACAAUAAGAAUGCAGUACUGAAAUUUGAACAAGCACAGAUGUUGGAUCCAUAUCUGAUAAAAGGAAUGGAUGUAUAUGGCUACCUCCUGGCAAGAGAAGGGAGACUGGAAGAUGUGGAGAACCUCGGCUGCCGCCUUUUCAAUAUUUCUGACCAGCAUGCCGAACCCUGGGUAGUCUCUGGGUGUCAUAGUUUCUACAGCAAGCGUUAUUCUCGGGCACUCUAUUUAGGAGCCAAAGCCAUUCAACUAAAUAGUAACAGUGUUCAAGCUUUGCUGCUUAAGGGAGCAGCUCUGAGGAAUAUGGGCAGAGUCCAAGAAGCAAUAAUCCACUUUCGGGAGGCUAUACGGCUUGCACCUUGUCGCUUAGAUUGUUACGAAGGUUUAAUAGAAUGCUAUUUGACUUCCAACAGUAUUCGUGAAGCAAUGGUAAUGGCUAAUAACGUUUACAAGACUUUAGGAGCAAAUGCACAGACCCUUACUCUUUUAGCCACUGUUUGUCUCGAAGAUCCAGUGACACAAGAGAAAGCUAAGACGUUAUUAGAUAAAGCCCUGACUCAAAGGCCGGAUUACAUUAAGGCUGUGGUGAAGAAAGCAGAGCUACUUAGCAGAGAACAGAAAUAUGAAGAUGGAAUUGCUUUGCUGAGGAACGCGCUCGCUAAUCAGAGUGACUGUGUCCUGCAUCGGAUCCUAGGCGAUUUCCUUGUAGCUGUCAAUGAGUAUCAGGAAGCAAUGGACCAGUAUAGUAUAGCACUAAGUUUGGACCCCAAUGACCAGAAGUCUCUAGAGGGGAUGCAGAAGAUGGAGAAGGAGGAGAGUCCCACGGAUGCCACUCAGGAGGAGGAUGUGGACGACAUGGAAGGGAGUGGGGAAGAAGGGGACCUGGAGGGCAGCGACAGUGAGGCAGCCCAGUGGGCUGACCAGGAGCAGUGGUUCGGCAUGCAGUGAGGCCGGCGCCUGGCCAACUGCCCUGCCCUGCUCCGAGCACUUCCUGUGGACUGAAGGAACCUAGGAGCCUGAUCCCUGGGAGGACGAGGAUUCAGCAUGUGAUUGGCGGCAGCAGGGGUUUCUGCCUCUCGCUCCGUGUUUCUAGUACUGACUUCAUUUUUCCAAACAGCCCGACCAGCCUCCUGCUCAGCCAGGGACAACUGAGUAAGCACUCUGGUAGGCCUGAUGAGAUGCUGGGCCUUCUGGGACCGUGCUUUUUCGAUAUUACUGAUUUAUAAAUCUGAAAGCUUGAGGAAGAGACAGUGUUGUCUGUGAUCUUGUGGGUGGGUACAAAGGAGCAACCUGUCACUCAGUCGUCUCUAGAGUCAGACAGCUCAGGCAGGUCCUUUCUGUGAGAGUUCUUGUUCCCAGUAGUCAUUGCACCAGGCUGCCCAAAUGUCCCUGGUAACCUUGCUUCCUUCUGCAGUGUUAGUAAUGCCUUAAGUUGACGGUUGCUAUUUUGCAGAACGAUUUUCCUGUUUGCUAAUCUGGUAACUUGCCUAUGAGCCUAGUCUUGGAUAUGAGGAACGGAUGUGACCUAGAGCAUGAACACAGGUGCACCUGGGGUUAAUUAACCAAUAAAACGUUUUUGUACAGUAAA